AUGUCAGGAACCGUUAAAGAUUUCUCACUACGAUACGACCCAAUCAAUGAAGCAAACACGUUUAGUAGUGGCGACUAUAUCAGAGGACGGGUUAUUCUGGAGGUCACCAAAGAGAUCAAAGUUAAGACGCUUGUUGUCAAAAUCAAAGGAGAGGCAGACGUACAUUGGACGGAGAGUCGUGAUGACCAUGACGAUUCCUAUUCGGCUAAGGAAAGAUACUUCAAAUCGAAACAAUAUUUUAUUCACGACGGCUCCAAAAAAGGUAAGGGAAACGGCGGUGCUGUCAGUGGAGAAACGUACAGUAAUGUAGUGUCUCCAGGGAGUCAUGUAUAUGAAUUCUGCUUUCAGCUUCCACAAGGGCCAAUGCCAUCAUCUUUUAAGGGUCUGCAUGGAAAAAUUCUUUAUACACUGGAAGCUAAGAUGAGCAGAUCAUUGAAACCUCCAAAGAAACUGUCAAGCGAAUUCAGCUUUGUCUCACCAGCUUAUGGGAAUGCUGUGGAGUUGAUGAGGCCUCUGUUUGGUGAAACAGAUAAAAAAAUGAAACUCUUCACCUCUGGAAAUGUCUCCAUGAAAGUCAACACUGAGAAGAAGGCCUUCGUGCAAGGUGAAUUGCUGAAGGUCAUAGCCGCUAUUGAAAAUUCUUCAUCUCGUGCUCUCAAACUGAAAUACAAACUUCUACAAACCCAAAAGUUCAUUGCUUCAGGAUCUACCAAUUCUUCACACGAAGUCAUCUUGAAAGAAGUUGGGGAUCCAGUCCCGUCUGGACAGAACCAGACUAUCACUAGACAACUGCAGCUCCCAGCUGACCUCCAGCCCUCCAUUUGGUAUUGUAACAUCAUCAAAGUGGAGCACACUCUGAAGGUGUACCUGGAUGUUCCCUAUGCUUCAGACCCAGAAGUCAUUUUCCCAUUGGUUAUUCUACCUCGAGGGCAACACUUUGGUCUCUUGUCUACACCCUCAGGAGGUCUCUUUGGAAACCCUGCUCAACCAGGAUGGAAUGGUCCUCCUACCCAUAAUGCAGCAGGGCCAUAUCCAAGUGCCUCUGCCUCUGGAGUUUACCCUCCUCCAACUGCACCAGGACCUAAUCAGCAUCAGUAUCCUCCAGCUGUGCACCCACAAUCUGCAAACCCAGGAGCACCUCCACCCAUGUAUUCAGAAUUAUACCCAAAUCCAAACCCAAAUGUCUCAGGGUCUUUAACAGUGCCUACUGCCUCAGACUGCAAUCCACCACCUUACACCGCCACUGCCCAUCCAGUUCCAUCUGCCCCAGGAUACUGUCCAGAUGCAACCACACCAGAGCCCUGUCCCUCUAAGACGCCUCUGUAG